GGGCCUUCACUGCUAGGGAGUCCCCAUGGGCGCCAGCGAGGGUGGCCGCUGUCAUGAGCCAUGGGCUUUGGUCCGUUCCUCUUGGCGCUUCCACUGGCGGCAGCGCUUCGGCCUUCGCUCUACUUCACGGGCAUUUGCGCAGACACGACUUCGGCGCGGGGCGUAUGCAUCCCAUAUGCCAACGCAGAGCUGCAGGCUCACCGGAUGCUCACCCCGUCGAUCAGCCAGCUGCGCUUUCGAGUUGGCGCCCCACGCGCCCGAACCGGAGGCUUUGCGCUGGAGCCGGGGGAGUGCCUGGUGCUCCGCGCCUUUGGCGGCGAUCCCGGCGAGAAUUGGCCCAGGGCCUCGGACAGGGACACGCUCACCAGGCGCACCCCGGAGCUUGGCGCGCUGAUUCGCUGGAACACCAGCGAUGGCGAACUGCCCACGCGGCGCCAGCGUCGCCCAUGUCGCCACUUCCUCCGCUGGGAGCGCCGGCUUCGGCCCCAACGCGCUCGGCCGUCGAAGAGCCCGGCGCCGCGGCUGCUGCAGUGGCUGCAGUCGGAGCCACAGGCUUUGAGCUGCAACUUCUCAGGAGCAUCUUCGGACUCGGACUGGGCCUCCUUCAACCGCCGCCUGCGCAUCUGGAAGAGUAGCGAGCACUUCGGUGCGGCGGGCCUGCCGUUGGUGCCGGAUACCUUGCUCGCUGAAGCGUUGAACAGAGGGCAGGGCCUGGAAGAGUUGCUCUGGGAUUUGCUGUCCGGCAAACACUUUUCCGCGCACUGGUGGGCGUUUCAAGCUCGCCGCUGCAUCCUGGGCGUGGUGUGUGCCGCCCUGGUCACCGUUCUGGCUGGCGUUCAGAGGGGAAAGCGCCUCGAGGAUGUGGCCAGCCUCCUUUUCGCUGUCACCUUUCAGCAGGGUAUGUGGGUGCCGCUGGACGGGAGCCUUUGGCCCAUCACCGCAGCGGAUGUUGCUCAUGUGCUGGAGCUGCACCAACGCACCCGCCCGCGGCCCUGGAGAUCGUGCCCCUGUCCGCCAGAAGCGCCGCACGAGGGCCUUCGGCCCCUGCGGCUUUUGCGGAGCCUGCCUGCGCGCAUCACGCUGGUGGGCGGGCACCACUACGUCUUUGACGUCGCCCUGGGCCUUGCAGACGCCGCCGAGACGGCGGCGAUGCACACGCCAACGAUGCAGUUGCUGGGCUAUGAGCUCGCGGGGCACAUGGCGCAGUACGCCGCCAACUGCGAGCUGCUGCCAAACUUCUGCCAGCAAGACGGCAUACAGCAGCUGUCCCGGCGCCUGUGCGAGCGCAAUGAGGAACAGACCGCCCACCACGCAAAUCUGGCCGCCCAGCCCGGGGACGCGAUGUCUCUGGCAGAAGCGCGGGCGGAGAUGAGGAGCGUGUAUGCGCAGAGCACGUGGCUGCAGCAGGCAGAUGUCAUCAUCUGCGCCUUUCCCUACCUGCUGGCCUUUCUGCUGUGGGAGGUGGUGGGGACCAAGCCGCUCCUGGUGGUCUGGCAGGGAGGACAUUUGAUGGAGUACUUGGAUGAAAGCCUUCACCCCUGGGGCCAGCAAAAGCUCAAAGCGCUUCUUGCAGCCAGGUCCUUCCUGGUCAUGAACCAGCUGGACCACGUAUGGCUGCAGAGGACGGUGGGGCUGGCGGCGUUGCUGCCCUUCGGGGCGCGGUACUUCACCGCCGCGGCGCGGAGAGCCACGGGCUUGGCGCCCGGGGAGCUGCAUGCCAACGUGCGGUCGCGGCGGGUGCUGCUGCACAGGCUGCACUUCACGCUUUGGGAGCCGGAGAUGCUCCUCUUCGAAAGCUUCUUGACCCGGGGCGAGGCCCUGGGCACCACGGAAGUGAUGCCCGCGCAGCGCUCCUUCGAGUCCUGGGAGCUGCUCAACUUCAAGGGCAUCGUGCUGGUGCCUUGGAAUUUGGAGCUCACCACUUUCGUUGAGCUCUACCGCCUCGCCGUGCCCCUCUUCGUCCCCGACGAAAACUUCAUGACGUCGGUGGUUUGGCGCUACAUCAUGAAUCCAGAAAUGCACUCGGUCCACCGGUUUACCACCAUCAGGCGUGAGUGGUGGCAGGGUGCGGCUUGCCAUUUGCAGUGCCCAGACAACACCACACGGACCCCAUUUCCUUUGCCGGGCCUAGCGCCGUGGCUGGACUUGGCUAGAAAGGUGCCGCUGAAUCAGCAGAUCCGAACAUGG